CCCUCCCCGGCACCGUCCCGAGGCGGAAGCGACCGCAGGUUUGUGUGUGGGGGGGUCUCCCCUGUCCCCCCAGCUUUCAGGGGGGCCCAUGGCAGCGCCGGGGGGCCCAGCCCUGGAGCCGGGCUGGCUCCUCUCCCCCGAUGGCCGCCCCUACCUGGACUCCAUCCUCCGGAAGAACCAGCGCAGAGUUUUUGCUCUGCUGGAGCACCCAGCCCUGCCCCCCGCCCUGGCUGCCCCCACCAUCACCUACAAACUCUUCGUCUCCGGCAAGAGCGGCGUGGGCAAGACCGCCCUGGUGGCCACGCUGGUGGGGACCCCCGUGCCCCCCAUCCACCACGAGACCCUGGGUAUAGAGGUCUCCACUGUCUACUGGCCAGCCAAGGUCCGGGCCACCAACCGCCCCAUCAUCUUCCAGCUCCAUUUCUGGGAUUGCGGCGACGGGGCCCUGAGGAAGUUUGAGUAUCUCCUGCCUUCUUGUAAGGAGGAGGCAGACGCCGUCCUCUUCCUUUUCUCCUUCACCGACCGCUCGUCCUUCGAGGAGCUGCCGGCCCAGAUGAGCCGGGUGCUGGGACCUGAUGAAGAAAAGCUCCUUAGGGUGGUCGUUGGCACCAAGUUUACACCCCUGUAGUUCACCCCACUUGGUAUCUCAGUAGGCUGAGAACGUGCACACUUCAUCACCGCGAUGGAUUGGCAGCUCCCACUGAUUUUGGGGGGGAAUUUUUCAGGAUGUUGG